AUCUGUUCCCGCACUUCUUCUCUUUCUUACAACUGUCAUUUGAUAUCAACAAUUUGUCGCUAUGAAGUCCUUCAUCAUCGGAGUAUGUCUUCUCGCCUGCCUUUCUUUUGAAAUUGGCCAGGCCCUCGAGUGCUACUCUUGUGGCUCUUUUGAAUACCAAAGUGUCGACCUUGGUACUUGUGGAGCCGAUACUCUUGCAAAAACAACUUGUGAAACCAAUACAACCAAAUGUGCAAAGGUAGAGCUUGCAGGCAAUUUGGAUGGGGCCCUGAGUUCUGAGACCUUUACGUUCACCCUUCGAGGUUGUACGGACGUUGCGGCCACUACCAGCAUGGAUGGAUGUUCCAAAGAGUCCGCCAAAGCCGAUGAAAUCUUGGAGGAUGUUGGUGUGGUAGGUUUCUCCCAAGCUCAGUACGAUCUCUUCAAGUUGGCCACUGGAACCAACCCCACGUAUUCCAGCGUGGCUGCCUGCACCUGUACCGAUGAACUCUGUAACAGUGCAGGAGGCCUUCAGGCGAGCUUUGUGGUUAUAUCUGUGUCUCUUGUAAUGGCGGUCUUCGCUAAAGUCAUGUAAACUCCCACCCAAUCAUCAGAUUUCUGGCUGAAUGAGCUUAAAUAAAGUACGAUCACCGCUGUAUUCAUGCAGACGAGUGGACAUCCACCCUUUGGUCCCUAAUAUCUCUCCCAAGUCUGUAAUUUAAUGAUUUUUUUUCCCCUUUCCAAAGCUAGCAUGGUCCUCAAACUAUCUUGCUUUAAUCAAUUAAGCAAACAAAACUUUGGUUUGACUUAUUCCUGUCAAACCCAAUUUAUUCAAAAGCACUAAAGCGCUUUCUGAUAUGAUUUUUGCAAAGUUUCCCCAUUUAAUCACCAAACACUCCAAUUUUAUACCAAUUUUAUUGUUAUAUGCUUUUUUGGGGCCUGUUUUUAUGCUUGCUUUGCCCAAUUUGUUUUGUUAUUCUUCUCAUUAUUCUCUACAGUCAACAAAAUAUUAAAUGUUAAAGUUUAUUUCUUUAUCUAAUCCAUUAUUUUAAACAUGAUAUAUCAGGUUUUGGACAACAUUAAUGUAUUAUCUUUUAUAUCUAUAUGGUUUAUAUCAAUAAAACUCGAAAUCUUGCCGUAAUGCUCCCCAGAACCAAGGAGGAUAUUCGCCAGAACAGUGUAGAACGCGCACUAUAUAUAGUGUAGGAAAUAGAAAUUGUAUCCAAUCAUAUGGGUAACAAUGAUUACAUGUAAAGAGGUGAGAAAAUGUAGUAAUAAGCGUUAUAGAAAUGCGAUUAUCAUUAUUAUUUUCAUUAUCUGAUUUUGUACUGUUUCGAUAUGUUCUUAAUGUGUUAAAGUGUUAAAUAAUUUGUAAGUGUUAAAUCAGUACGAUUGUUCUCCAUGAAAAAUUCAAGUUUUCAAUGGCAUGCACGGACUUAAUUCCAUAGAGUGACCUUUACACAAAGCAGAAAUAUUUAAAUUUAUAUGUGCGGCUAUAUGAAGGACAGAAUCUUAUGUGGACUUAAGAUAUAUGUUUGGACGUCGCGCAAUAAAUUGCUUAAAUGAGUAAAUUGUGAAUUGCAGUGACAGUAAACAAAUGUUCAAGUCAUGUAAAGUAGAAAUUCCAGUAAGCUUGUUGCUAAGUGGUAGUGUACUAUGUCUUACUUAUAUGUUCUUUUGUAUUUUCUGACUAUCAACUUUUGACUGGCUGAAUCGUAUAAUAAUUAAUUUUGUAUGAAUUUUUUCCCGAAUUUUAUUGAAUAAAAAGGAAAACCCUACACAUUAAAGUGAUAAUAGUCAAA